UCACAGAGCCAUCUUUGUCCACCUAAUCCAAGGCGGCUGUUUAUUACACCUUCUUUACUGCACGGACCCUGACAACGCCAGGCACUAGUAAAUAGUCUGCAGGUUCCGCAUCGCCGUAGAAAUUAGGAAGAAUAAAGGAAGGUGUUGUUUUUUUUUUGUAGAAGUGGGGACAUAUCUAAGCGAGCACAUCCUCCUGGACUGUAGAGGCAGGGAAACGCCACAAUAACCAACCAAAGGGUGCCAGAGGGUAGAGAGGAGCGCAGAAGGCAAUCCACAUCCAUCUGCCAGCCACUUAGCACACGCUAACAUUUCCAGUCCGGAUUUCAGCACAGCUGUCUAGCCAACACAACCAGGAACAUGUCUGCCCCAGCUGGAGCCCCUGCAGCAGAGGGAGGGAAUCAGCCUCCCAACCUCACCAGCAACCGUCGUCUGCAGCAGACACAGGCACAAGUGGAUGAGGUGGUGGAUAUCAUGCGUGUAAACGUGGAUAAGGUUCUGGAGCGUGAUCAGAAGCUGUCAGAACUGGACGACAGGGCUGAUGCCCUGCAGGCUGGAGCCUCUCAGUUUGAGACCAGCGCUGCAAAACUCAAGAAUAAAUACUGGUGGAAGAAUGCCAAGAUGAUGAUUAUCCUGGGCGUGAUAUGCGUGAUUGUCCUCAUCGUCAUUAUUGUGUACUUCAGCACCUAAGAAGAGACGCUCCUACCCCAGUCUAAGCCCAACAUCCUCGCUACAGAAAAAAAACCUCAAAUCGAUAACGAAAUUAACCAUGAAAAAGUGAUUCUAUAUAUCUCCCCAAUUAGCCUUGGUAUAACACCCCUAAACCCUUCAGGGCCCCAUGGCUCCCCCACCUCCACCACCUGGCCUCUGGACCCCCUGUCAAUAUUUGUCCUGUGAGUGUGUGGCCCUGUCUCCUUUCUGGGUCCUCUUGGCUUUUCUAACCUGCCAUAAUGAGAACCAAACACUUGUGAUGAUGCAACAACAGAAAAGGAAACAACGAUUGGCGAUAAUUGUUACAUAACUGAUAUAUAUAGUUCUUUGUAGAGUUUUAUUCUGAUAUAUAUACUGUUUUGUAGGUGUGUGUGCGUGUGUGUGUGCAUUUUGUAUUUUUUAUUUUUUGUAUUAAUUUUACGUAUGCUUCAGCGUUAAAUACUGCCUAUUAAUCAGUGUGUAUUGCAUGUUAUCAUCAUCUGUCUUUCCCCUGCUUACUCUCUAUUUUUGGUGUAAUUUUGCACAUUGGAGUUAACUCCACUUUAUUAAGGAAAUACCCAAAUGAGUAUCCAGUCCAUCUCUUGUCUUUUUAGACAGUUCAAAAUAAGCCGGAGAACCAAAACUUGGACUUUAAAAAAAGUUGUAUCAAGUUACAAAAAUUGAAGCAACUAUAUCAACGAAACUGCCCAUAACAAAUCGUUAGCUCCAGAUUUCUGUAACCUGAUGCCAUCGAAAUCCAAGUUUUCUUCUUUCUAGGCUCUCGGAGAGAGUUACAGUUACUGUAACUGAUCAAACAUUUAAAAAAAAAAAAAAAAAAUUAUGCAUGAAUUGUUCAACGUAUCCCUUCAAAUCCAAAUCCACAGACCUUUCCAUCUGACCCCCAAUCAUCCAAGUGUCAUUUCUCAUUCUCCAUCGACUAACUUUCAUCUGUUGCGUCUUUAACUUCCACCGCUCAUCUGUCUCUCAGCAUGCUCGAACACCUCAAUUUCUUCUGAUUAUUUCAAUACUGCCAUAGUACAGUUUGACCAAUGUCUGUAGAUGUUUCUUUUUUAUUUCUAUAUUACGUAGUGUCUUAUUUCGAAAACAUUCCUUCAUUGCAGUCUAGUGCAAAUGGUCUUACCGUAGCACAUUUAAAUGUAAGUAUCUUUAAAAAGAAAAAAUAUACAUGCGAUGAACUUGUGUAGAAAACGUCAGUCAUACAAACCAUAGGAAAAAAAUAGUUCUAGUUAAUAGCUGUAAGGGUAAGUUUUGGAUAGACGGGAUAAAGCUCAAUCUGUCCAAAUGUUUUUAUUUUGUAAUAUAACUGAUGUUAUCCUACACUUACAGUAUACUGUGGAGAUGUCAUAAGCAUACAACUGUGGAUACAGGCUUGUGAAAAUGAAGAUAAAGCGGGGCCAAUGCCUAUAUUGACAAUUAAUUAAUACUCAUUGGCCCAUUACUACAUGGACACAUAAAAGCCUUAGUCUUCAGUCACUUCUAUUAGUUACUGUAGAACAUUUCCAGUCAGAAACUCCUCACACUUGAAGUUAGUGUCGGGGGAGUGGCUGACUGCAGGGAAAAAAAAAGGAAUCUGUUUAAAAUGCACAAACCAUCCUUGUUUUUGAUGGCGCUGUCGGGCUGGUCAAUAGCCUGGCCAAAGGAGAUCCUUGUGCAGCAAAACCUCUCCAAAUGAAGAGCACAUAAAGAAAAGGGAUAAUUUAGCCUUAUUUGCAAAUCUUGAAACAGGGAAAGAGGCUAAUGAGGAACAGGAAAAAAAAAAUCCCAGUUGAGUUAAGUUGUGCAACUUUGGGGUAGGCUCAGAUAUUUAGCAUGACUGAAAAAAAAUUCUUCAAAAACAUAGUAGCACUCUGAAGACGAGUGUUUUGCUAGCGCAGUGGUUCUGUCUCAGUGUUUCUCCCUAUAGUUAAGGCCUUUUUUUCUUUUUUAAAUAUAAUAGAUUCUAUUUUUUAUUAUAGUAUAUUUUUGUGUGAUACAGACGGGUAAAGAGGAAGUGUGCGAUCAGUACGAUUCACCUCUUUACCUUCGUCUGCUGUGUUUUUUGUAAUCCAGCUCUGUGCGUUAUACACUGCCAAGCAACAAGGGAGAGGCUUCUAUCCUUAUUGUAAUUUAUUUCAGUGGUGCGCUCGCUGGUCUGGUCUUCAACCUACUUUUACAUCCACUCCUGUGUACCCUUUGUGGCUAUUUUAUGAGCAGGAACGCAGUGUGACACACCUGUUUUUUAACGCUCUGAAGAAUUAAAGCCUUGUACACUGAACUAUAAAAUGACACAAACUUAAAAUCCUUUUGACUCAAAUUGGUAUUUUAAAAGGAGUUUAAACUAAAUUCACAGUAUUUUACUUGUGAAUGUGAAAUCUCGGCCCUAAAAUUGUUGGAGCUCAGUUAUUCAAUCAUGUCUGGCUCUCCUGAAAUAGGAUUUUAAAGUUUGAAGGCAACUUGCUCUUGCUUACCGAUGCCAUUACUUUACAAUGCUAAACUGUAAGAAGAUAGGCUUUCAGAUCUAACAGUAGGCUACAGUCAAAAGGAAGAUAUAAAGACCAUGAAACCACACAAUUUGAAAAUAGGAGUGUGUGAUGCCUUAGUAGCCUUGUCUCUUUGCAACAUGACUUUUAUCUUCCCCACCAGCUGAGAAGACCAACCUGCCCCCCUUAGCUAAACUCACUGCAUCCUACAGUGAAUAUGUGUGUUUCUGUGUGUGUUCAGGUGCAUCAAUGUGUGUGCAUGUGUGUGUUAGAAUAGCUCUGUCUUGGGAAUAUCCCCAGUUUAUCCCAACAGAUUAGGCCGCUUAAAUCUCAGAGUGAGGGCACGUUGUUUCCUUGACCACUGAAGUACACGAGCAGAGAGGUUACAGAUCUGCCGGCUAGUUCUAUUACAAAGGACCCAAACCUUAACCGACCCACAUUUCCCUGAUUGCCCUACAUGUUUCACCUGAAAUAGAACAACAAUAAAUUGUAAAAGAUUACCAAAGACCAGAUUUCCAUUCUUGUGCUGCCAAUUGCCAUCAAAAACAAGCGGAGAGAAACAGGUUAUCCAAACUAUCCAAGUCUGUUUGAAAUAUCUUAAACCCUAAUCAAUCCACAAUAACAGGACCUUUUUAACUACGGCACACUGUUUAUACGGUGUGUCAGUUUGGCUUUUGUGUGUGCCAUUCUAACAUAUGCAAAUGAAACCAAAACAUAAGGCCCCCAUGCUUUGAAUCUAAAAUACAGCGCCCACCUGUGAUCAUGUGAUUCCUGGUUUAAAGAGCUUCUUUGAAGGUAAAAGUUUGAGACACAUGAUCCUAUAACUAAUAAUAGCACAACUCUACUUUUUUCUGUCUCCAUUUAACUGCCAAGUUCCUACAUGAAAAAGAAAUGAACUAACUAUAGCUGUUAAACAUAAAGAAAACUGAUGUAAAAAUCUGCUUUGUUUGGUGUUGUAUAAUGGGGGUGUUUUGGGGGUAGGGGGUUCCUAUAUCCUCAGGUUUAAGGCAUUGGCAUUUUACCAAAACAUAAAUGAUGACAAAAAAGUACUUAAUCAAAGUGUAUGGUUUAUGGUAAUAGAAAAUCGCAAUAGGGUUACAAAAGUGGUCCUUUUAGCCAUCCUGCAGGAUUAAACCACACAGUGGACUGAAGUGAAAUCACACUACUGAUUGGGGUAGGACUUCUGUGUUAUAAAUCCGACCGUUGUGAGUGCUCAACCAAUUUGAUCACAGUAGUGAAAAUGAAGUGAGUGCUCCCUCUUUCUGUUGCUUUAUUGUCUGUAUAAAAAGAAGUGCGCAUCUAUUUUAACACCGUGGCACUUUUUCUGUUGUGAUUUGUUCAUUUUGUUGUUGGAAUGGGAACAUGAUUCAGAGGAGAAUAUUGUUUUAUUGGCAACCUAAGGGAACCAUUCGGGGAUCUCAAUCUAACACUGCAUUCAGGUUCAUUUGGUGGUGAUCAAAAAAAUACAAGUUGCCAUGAGAAAGACAGAUAUUAAAAACUACUGAAAUCCUUGGAGUGUACAGAGUGGAGAGUUUUAACUAACGUUUACUGUCACCACCAAAUGGGCUGAAUGCAGUAAAAGGAGGGAACCUUUUUGAGUCCCUGAACAUUCACUGGGUGGCUAUAAAUGUACAAUAUUCUGCUUUAUGUAUGUUUUUUUUAACCAAAUAUUGUGUUUUUCUUUUGCAUUGAUUUAGUAAUAAAUCCAGAUGUCACAUACUUGUGUGUAAGCACUGAUGGAGAAAGGUGAAGCAAAUGGGGAAUUAAUGGGGGAAAAUGACUAUUUUUACCUUGAGUUGUCCAAAAUGCUUAGAAUGAGUCUACAGUUUACACCAGAUUGCUGUUUGUAUCUACAAGAUCUAUUUUUUUUUUUUGUUUAAAUCGGUUUACGCUUGAGGAAAGAUUUUGAUUUCUCUUUGGGACUGGGGUUUCUGGGAUGAAGCCCAUAUUGCCGCUGGUUGUCUGGCCUCACAGGAGGGACAAGACUGGAGGAUCAUUGGCAAUGUGAUCAGUUUUAUUUGAUCUUUUUCUUUCUCUUGCUUUUAUUUGAAUAGAUUUAUUGUGCUGUCAUUUGGUAUGGAAUUAGAAAUUAAACGUAAUGGAGAGGAGACUGAAUGGAAAACUAAAGUACAUAAAAUAAUUGUAGUGUAAAUCUAUCAAUGUCUUAUUAUAUUGAUGAACAUCAUGAAAUAUAUGUAUAUUGGAAAAAACAGUACCUGUGACAACUUGUACUUUUGUGUGUGCUUCAUGUGCUUUGUGGGUGUGCAACAAUGGGCAGAUGCAAUUUUGACUGCAACUAUGGGACCUUAUCUGACCUGUACGAAUACCUAUAAAUUUAUUAUCAAUUCAAAGAUACAGCUCUUUAUUUAAUUUAUCCUAAUGACAUGUAAGUGUGUUUAAAAUAACAUGGAGACCUGGAGCCAUAAAGGUGCACAUUUCGACAUUUA